UUAGUAACCUGUAUUGUUGCAAAGUAAUUGUCAUGGCUUCGGAACGGUAUAGUUUUUCGUUAACAACUUUCAGCCCUUCUGGGAAGUUAGUGCAAAUAGAAUAUGCUCUGGCUGCUGUGGCUGCUGGAGCAGCUAGUGUGGGUAUCAAGGCAUCCAAUGGAAUCGUCCUUGCUACUGAAAACAAGCACAAAUCUAUAUUGUACGACGAACAUAGCGUGAACAAAGUGGAGAUGAUAACAAAGCAUAUUGGUAUGACGUACAGUGGUAUGGGGCCAGAUUAUCGGCUUUUAGUGAAACAAGCACGUAAAAUGGCACAGCAAUACCUACUGGUUUACCAGGAGCCAAUACCCACUGCCCAAUUAGUACAACGGGUUGCUAUGCUUAUGCAAGAAUAUACACAAUCUGGCGGAGUCAGACCUUUUGGAGUAUCCUUAUUAAUUUGUGGCUGGGACAACGGCAAGCCAUAUUUGUUCCAAUGUGAUCCCUCUGGAGCAUAUUUUGCAUGGAAAGCUACUGCCAUGGGCAAAAAUUUUAUAAAUGGCAAGACCUUCCUUGAGAAAAGGUACAGUAAAGAUUUGGAACUCGAUGAUGCUGUCCACACUGCCAUUUUAACUCUGAAAGAGGGUUUUGAAGGACAGAUGACAGCAGAUAAUAUAGAAGUUGGUAUCUGUGAUGCAAGUGGUUUCAGAAGACUAGACCCCUCCAGUGUCAAGGAUUAUCUUGCCAAUAUUCCUUAAUUAUAAACUACUUUUAUAUUGCUUUAAUGCACCAAUUUUUGCGCAUUUGAAAACAAUACACCUAGAUUCUUGUAAUAAAAUUUCCCGUUGAAA